UCAUCAAAAUAGAUAUACCAAAAGCCGAAAGCUUUCGGAUAUAUAAGUUGUUAAUACAUGUUCCGACGACACAAAAUUUUAGUUUGAUUUCUAUCGUGCCUUCGUUUGCUGCAUCGCGCCGGUUGUUUAUUUGGUCAAAUAAAAAUAAAAAAACAUUAAGUGAAAAUGGCAUUCAGUGUUAAUCCAACUGUCGUACCUUAUGCAGAAUUCAGUGCUAGCUCUGAUGGUGACACCUUACGGGCAGCAAUGAAAGGUUUUGGAACCGACGAGCAAACCAUCAUCGAUAUACUCACAUCCCGUUCGAAUAGUCAGCGGCAACAGAUCGGCCAAUACUUUACGAACUCCCUUGGCCGUGAUAUUAUUGAUGAUUUGAAGAGUGAAUUGGGUGGAAAAUUCGAAGACGUUAUUGUCGGUCUAAUGCUACAGCCUGAUCAGUACUUGUGCAAGCAGCUGAAUAAGGCGAUGGAUGGUAUCGGUACGAACGAAAGCACAUUGGUUGAGAUUUUGUGCACAAAAAGCAACGAAGAAGUGAAACGAUUGGUUUCGGUUUACGAAGAUAUGUAUGAUCGCCCACUAGCUGAGCAUUUGUGUAGUGAAACCGAUGGAUACUUCAGACGAUUGUUAACUUUGAUUAUAACCGGUGUUCGUGAUGAAACCGGAACGAUUAAUCCUGAUGAGGCUAAGGAACAAGCGGCAGCACUCUACGCAGCUGGUGAAGCGAAACUGGGAACCGAUGAAGAAGUCUUUAACCGCAUAUUCUCGCACAGUAGCUUCGCUCAGCUACGCUUGGUCUUCGAAGAGUAUAAAAGUCUGUCUGGACAGACUAUCGAACAAGCAGUUAAACAUGAAAUGGGAGGUGAAUUAAAAGAGGCUAUCAUGGCGAUAAUUGAAUGUGUCCAGUCACCAUCUGCAUUCUUUGCGAAACGGCUGAACGAUGCAAUGAGUGGCGCUGGAACCGACGACUCAACGCUAAUUCGUAUAAUUGUUAGCCGUUCGGAAAUUGAUCUGGGCACAAUCAAAGACGAAUAUGAGAGAAUAUAUAACCGGACUUUGUUGAGUGCAGUUAAGAACGAAACAUCUGGUGAUUAUAAACAUGCAUUAUGUGCAAUCAUCGGCGACGCAUAAUGAUUUGGUUGCUGUUAUGCCGUGAUGUCUAAUUUUACAUUUUAUUUAUAAAUUCAUCAAAUUUCUUCGUGUAUACCUUAGAGAUCGUGUGUCUUCUCAUCCAGGAAGUGUGGAAAAGUAUUUUAUAAAAGUAUCACUAUUGCUACUCAACUCAUAUUAAUGAAAGUAAAAGCAAGUUGCACAAAAA